UGGCAGGCCGUGGAGUCCGGCCGGCCGGUCGGCCAGUCCGACCCAAAGCGCCGUGUGGUGAGGUGCCGCGAUAUGUGGUACAGAGAGGAAACCCGACGGGGCGGGUCACGGUGGUGGUGAGGGAGGAGUGAGGGAGGAGCAGGGGAAGAGGUGGUUGGUGAAGUUCAAGAAGUGAAGACUAGCAGAAACAUGAGGACGUUUCCGGUCACUGUAGCGCUGCUUCUAUCGCUGGCGAAUCCGUCAGCACCGGCCUCCAACAAUGACCGCAGCCAGGACAACCUAGAGGUCGACAGCGAUGACCCAGGUGACCUGGAGGUCAGUUUCGGCGAGCCCACUGCAGGACAGGAGAGACUCUUACGAGCCGCCUCAGCUAGUCAGAAGAAGCUGCAGCCGAAGCACGUGCUGCCCAUCAACAAACAAGUGUCCGCCUUCCUCCCGGCCGGCACCUACAAGAGGUUUUUAUAUCGUCAGAGUCGGGACGGAGUGGCCAUUUCCCUAGUGGUGACGCCGUGCUCCGCCUCUCUGAGAGGGCAGAUCACAUUUCAGCCGGAUAAAAUCAGAGAAGGUGGUAAACGGGAGGUGCUGCGGACAAUCAACGGCCCGGACCAGGUCAUCUACUCGGCGCGGCGCGGCCUGACGGGCGACUACGACGUCAACAUCUCGUCCAGCGCCGACACCUACGUCCACUUUCUGGCAACGGAUGAGGACCUGGCCGGGCUCGGCAGCCUGCGGACCAAGGUACAGGUGCGCAGCCGCAGUAAGAGUCGCGCGGAGAUCAGCUGGUCGCCCGGCUCACACGGUGGACAGGCGCUCAGCUACUGUCUCAUCACAUCACCGACGCAGCACUUCAGCUCUGUGUGCGGUGGUCUGAGCGCCAAGUUCGGCCUGCAGCCGCCGGAGAGUGGAGGGGCUCGCCGGAGACGGCAGCAGGGGGCGUCACCGCCGCGCCGCCAGGGACCCGAGCCCAACGACAGCAUCACGGUCGGCUGCGUGGGAAAGACGACCGUGUACACGCUGUACGACCUGCUGCCCGGCCGGAAGUACUUUGUGACCGUGUUCGGACAGUACGCCAACCGGAGCGUCAGCUUCCAGUACGGCACGGCUGAGUUCAGGUACCAGGACCGCUCGGAGCGCACCUCAAUGCGGAUCCGGCAGAACCGCGUGACCAAGCUGCGCCUGUCCCCUUGGCGACCGUUCCGAAUUCUGGAGCUGCGCGUACCGGCCAAGUACGAACGACUACACUACUUCGUGGUGCCGUGCGGCGGGCCGCUCUCGCUGCAAGUCAACCGCACCUACAACAGUCCCGGGGUCUCGGACGAGUCGGUCCUAAUUCAGGAGGUCAACAUUAGCAGCGACGUGCUGAUCCGGAGCGACCUAAACAGCAGCCGCCUGACGGUCGGUAACGUCAGGUACCAGUUCAACCUGACGGCACCAGGCGGCGCCACCACUGUCGAGUUCCAGGCCACUUGGAGGCGCGGUCGACUGCGCGUGGCCUCCCUGCCGGGCCGGCCGCGGGUGCGGGCCGCAGGACCGCGCCGGAGGGCCCGGCUCGGCCUCAACUGCUCUCAGCUGGCCCUGCGUAUGCCUCGGGCGCGGGGCCGGCGGCUCGAAUACUGCGUGCUGUUGGAGCUGGACACGACUGGCCGGACCGGCCGGCGCUUCAAGGCGCCCUCAGCGUGCGGUCUGGAGCUGCGGCACGCGCACCAUCCGGCCAACAUGACCCGCUGCGGCUCCAGCAAACAGCUGCGCAGGAGGAAGCGCGUGGAGGUGAUCUUUGACGACCUAACGCCGGGUCAGAGUUACGUGGUGCGCGCCAUGGUUCGUCCAGAUAAGGGCCGGUUCAUCCCGUACAGCCUGAGUCAGGUGACGCUGCCGCCGUGUUCAGACGAGGUGCCGAACGAGUUGACGGAGGACAACAUCGCCGGCCUGCAGCCAAUCGGAGCGCAGGGAUCCGGCACCAGGACGAGCGCUGAACAGACGGGCUCGUCGCGGCCGGCCUCGGCCGACUCCCGCGCCGAGGCGGCGGAGGAGACCAAUAAUGAGCUCACUGACUGGACUCCGUGACCGGUGCGGCACGGGCGGCACUGCUCGGAGUUCCCACGUACUGGAGCAAUGUGAGACAUACUCCGAGACGAGCAGGUCGAAGGCAGUGGAUCCUGUUCGAGGGUCGAGAGUGUUGAGUAAUGUAUAUCUGAUCAAACCGAGGGCCUUUUCUAGCCUGUUACACAGAUCGCGAGCCAGCGAUUAGUAAGUAGGUACCGUAGCCAUAUAGUAACUACUGUAUUGUGGAUUGAAAUGAGAUGCGUUAACUGCUAACUCGUCUUGAAUAGAUGAAGAAUUUCUUCUCCAGAAAAUGUUGAGCGUCUUAGCAAUGUCCCGUAGCGCCUGUAAACAUGUCAUUGUACCAUUUGUAUAAUGAACUCAUUUUCUUAAUAAAGACGGCAAAACUCAACGAGACAUCUUUAUAA